GCGCGCGGUCGCUUCUCCAAAGAGCGCAGAGACCAACGGGCGCUGAGAGCAACACCCCUGCCUCACUGACCGUAGCUUCGCCUUUUCUGCACCAACCUGUCGUUUCUCAGCCCCCGUAGAAGCCGUCUCCUCGCUCCACCGGCCUAGCUCUCUAGCUGCUGGGCGGACCCGCGCUUUUCUGUCGCCGAAAUCAACGGUGCGAUCGUUGGAGCAAGAAUACGCGAGAGAUAACGGAUAGAAAUGGCCACGACAACCUGUACGCGAUUCACGGACGAGUACCAACUGUACGAAGAGCUGGGGAAGGGAGCUUUUUCAGUAGUUCGCCGGUGUGUCAAGCUGUGUACAGGACAAGAGUAUGCUGCCAAAAUAAUCAACACUAAAAAGCUGUCGGCGAGAGAUCACCAGAAGCUGGAACGAGAAGCUCGAAUCUGUCGCCUCUUAAAACACCCAAACAUCGUGCGUCUCCACGACAGCAUAUCAGAGGAGGGCUUCCACUACCUGCUGUUUGACCUGGUGACUGGAGGGGAGCUCUUUGAGGACAUUGUAGCCAGAGAAUACUACAGUGAGGCAGAUGCGAGUCAUUGCAUCCAGCAGAUUUUGGAGGCGGUGCUUCACUGCCAUCAAAUGGGCGUGGUGCACCGGGACUUAAAGCCUGAGAACCUGCUCCUGGCGAGUAAAUGCAAGAACGCAGCGGUGAAACUGGCUGACUUUGGCCUGGCCAUCGAGGUCCAGGGAGACCAGCAGGCUUGGUUUGGGUUUGCUGGCACACCGGGGUACCUCUCCCCUGAAGUGUUGAGAAAGGAGGCAUAUGGUAAACCUGUGGACAUCUGGGCCUGUGGGGUGAUCCUCUACAUCCUGCUGGUGGGGUACCCUCCUUUCUGGGACGAGGACCAGCACAAACUGUACCAACAGAUCAAGGCUGGGGCCUACGAUUUUCCUUCCCCAGAGUGGGACACAGUGACUCCUGAGGCGAAAAACCUGAUCAACCAGAUGCUGACCAUUAACCCAGCCAAAAGGAUCACUGCUCAGGAGGCCCUCAAGCACCCAUGGGUCUGCCAACGAUCCACAGUGGCCUCUAUGAUGCACAGACAGGAGACUGUGGAAUGCCUGAAGAAAUUCAAUGCCAGGAGGAAACUCAAGGGAGCCAUUCUCACAACUAUGCUGGUAUCUAGAAACUUCUCUGUGGGCAGCAGGCAGACCACAGCUCCAUCCUCAGUGACCGCAGCGGCUGCAGCAGUGGCAGCCGCGGCCGGCACCACCGCUGGCCUGGUGGAACAAGCCAAGACUUUGCUGAACAAAAAGGCAGAUGUGAAGAAACGGAAGUCCAGCUCCACUGUCCAGUACAUGCCCCAGACAAACAGCACCAAAAACAGCAUUGUCACCAGCCCCAAAGGAACCGUCCCGUCUCCUGCUCUGGAGCCUCAGACAACUGUCAUCCAUAACCCAGUGGACGGGACUAAGGAGUCAUCGGACAGCAGCAACACCACUGUGGAGGAUGAAGAUGUGAAAGGAAACUGCUCAGUUAAGGCUCCGUCCAGCCCCUGCUCCCACUCUGUGAGUCAGGGUGCUUCCACUGCUGUGCACUCGGCCGCUAAGUUUGCUGACCUGCUGGGCUCAGUCCGUAGAGGUUCAGGGCCCAUCCCGGACGGAGAGGUCAGACCCUGUACCACCCCUCCCCCCUCUGCCUUCUCUGCUCCCUCACCCCCGCACACCCCUGCUGUCCCAAUGCAGAUGUCCAGGCUCACAGACUUGGUUAGCAGUGUCCGUAAGGUGCCUGCUACCCCUCCUGCCCACGUGGUCACCCCAGCCCCCGCAGCCCCUCACACCGACAGCGAACCACCUCCUGUGCCCACUCCCAGGUCUCACCAAGCCCACGCCACCCCCCCACCUCCACCCCAGCCCCCUUCCAGCCCCUCCCCGACCUCCGCCCAGACACGCAAACAAGAAAUAAUCAAGAUCACAGAACAGCUCAUAGAAGCCAUUAACAACGGAGACUUUGAAGCUUAUGCUAAGAUUUGUGAUCCGGGUCUGACGUCAUUUGAACCUGAGGCUUUGGGCAACUUGGUCGAAGGAAUGGAUUUCCACAGAUUUUACUUUGAAAACCUUUUGGCUAAAAACAGCAAACCCAUCCACACCACCAUCUUGAACCCCCAUGUGCACCUGAUCGGGGAGGACGCCGCCUGCAUCGCUUACAUCCGCCUGACGCAGUUUGUGGACGGCCAAGGACGACCGCGCUCCAGCCAAUCAGAGGAGACUCGAGUGUGGCACCGUAGAGACAGCAAGUGGCAGAACAUCCACUUCCACUGCUCCGGGGCACCCGCGGCGCCGCUACAGUGAGGAUGAAUGCCAUGUUGUGUCUGGAUGGAGUGCUCUACAAAGGAAAAAGUGAAAGAAGAGGAAGGAGGGGUGCCGUGUCGCUUUAGGGACAGACGCAUUUUCAACACGGGUCAAAACUCCCAGCAUGCAUCUCUCCUGCCCCUGUACCUGACCAUCACCUGCCUCCCUGAUGAUUAUUGGAGCGACCGGCUCAGCCUUCCUCCUCUUCCUCAGACUGAGGAGUGCAGCACUCACCAUGAUUCCUUCUUCCUCUGGUCUCCCCUCUGCCCUGUGUCUGUAUGAAUCAUCCACACUCUGUGUGACAUAAACACUGCACUGGAAAUACAGUUUGUAAAGUUUUAAGAUAAUUCUAUUACUAUCAUAAUUAUGAGAAUUACUAUAAUUUCACAUUUGCAAUUGUAAUUUGUAUAAUUCAAAAUUCUUAAUGCCAGUGGUUUCUAGAGUCAAGGGUUCUUUGUUCUUUUUAAGAAGCAUGUUUCCCCAUAAUAACAGUGGCUGUUUUCUAUUGUGGCUUAAGUGGAAAAUGAUAUUGGCAGUUUUUGUAAUUUGCUUAUUGUUUGAUACAUGCUCCAGCGCCCACACCAUGUUUGUUUGCAUAUUCUACACACUUCUUACUAUUGUCUGAUGCCGUUUGAAUGAGGUGCACUACAUGAUGAGAUGUGUUUGUGAGAGCAACAUUUCGUGUGCCAGUCAAGUACAAGUACAAGGAAAAGUGCACUGAAAAAAGCCUAGAUGAACUUUUGCAUUUAUGGUCAAUAUCUUCUAGUGCUGCAACAUGUUACAUGUAAAAACAUGCAAUAGCGAUCACAUUUAUUUAGAUUUGUAAUGGAUAAUACUAAUAGACAAGUCUGCAUAGCCACACAAAAAGAUUAGUUCUUAUUAUAUAUAUUAACUUCUUAAUUCAAAGUCGAACAGCGUGAGUUGAAAUAUAUUCAGACUGUAGCCUUUCCAGACUCAGAUUUCUGUCUAGUUAUUACUGAGAGGAGUGUGAAGGGGUGGAGUUGAACUGCACUGCUGGUGGUACUAGUUGAAACUUUUCAUUUUGUAGAAGUAACAGGUGCUGUUUGAAAAAAAAAAAAAACAUUUGUCAGACAGAGGAACAAGUGGCAAAGAUUCUACAAAAAUGGUGCUAAUGUUUUAUUACAUGAAGCACUUGUAUGUGUCCAAAAACAGUGGGCUCCGAGAUGAAGAAACAAAGCUGUGUGUAUCUGGCUUUUGCAUGUCUGCGUGUGUGUCUGUAUCUGGCUUUUGCGUCUCUGUGUGUGUGUGUGUGUCUGUGUGUCUGCGUGUGUGCCUGUAUCUGGCUUUUGUGUGUGUGUGCGCGCGCGCGCUCUCCACGGGCCCAGGACGAAUGUGUGAGGAUGUUAAUGGUAAAGAAACGUAAAUGCUUUAUUUCAAGGACAUAUCAGUUUCCCGCCUUCAGCCCUGGAUUUUUUCAUGUUUUAUCAUGUUUUUGUUCAUAUUUUUAUUUUAUCUGUGAUACUAAAGUGCUUGUGCCAGAGGGCCUCACUGUAAACCUGUGGAGGUGUAACGUUAAUGUGUGAAGCUCUCGUUUUGUUCAUUCACCAUUGACAGACUUGGAGUGUUUGUCCCAAAUGCAAGAUGAAGAUUGAAACGAGCAAGCAGCCGGUUUGGUGUCCUCAGGUUUAUAUUUAUUUAGAAUAUUUAUUUAUUUAUUUUAGCGUUAAUUUGAAUGUGUGCUUCUUCUUAUUGUACAGCCCAUGCACUUGUACAAGUAUUGUCUGUAACUGUUUAAAGGGACACUGCUUUGUGUGGCUGUUUUAAAGGGGGACUACACCCAGUUUGGACACUGCAUGUGUUGUUUUUGUUACGACCAACUUGGUGUGAAUUACUCUCUUUGUGCUUUUUCCGCUUUGCAAUGUUAUGGCAUUAUUUUAGGUGUAAUUCAUUUUAGAAUCUUUGAUAAUUAUCUUUUUCGCUUCGAUCACUUAUUCUUUAGAAGAAAAAACACGUGUCUCUCACGGUAGCAUUGUUACAUAGACGUGGUCUGUUAUUGAAAGGUCAAGGUUGUGUUCGCUCUUAACACGACCCUGAUCCAAAAUGGCGGAUAAUACGCAGCAUGUACAGUUCAAACGUGUUGUCAUUCAAUUCUUCACGUGCUUACUUCUUUCUGUGCUUAAAUCAAAAUUGGUAUAAGAUUCACAGUACAACAGGGGAGUAGUACACAGUAUUACACAAAUACAUAUGGCGUAGCUAGCUGUGUAGCUGGCGUUUUCUUUGCAUGGCAGUCAACAGGGCACUUGUUACUUUAUUGUUUUUAAUUUUGUUCAUUUUCUACUGAAUGCUGGUAUACUCAACCUUUCUCUAUGUAUUUUCGGAGCUUUUUAAGUGCAUAUAACUAUUUUUGUCUCGAGAUGAUAUAACGAAGAUUUAGAAGGUUUAUAUAUUGACCGUGGCCCUAAAGAUGACUAUGGGGGCUGUGUUGGUGAUAAAGAUGUGAUGAGUGUUCUGCAUGCUUGUAUGGUGGCUCUAUGUUGUCAGUGCAGUCGGCUUAUUUCUGUAUUCAGAGCAGAAAGAAAAGCUGUUCAUUUGUCCAGGAAAGUAAAACAAGUUAAAAAAAACUAUUACAGCAAGAGCUCCAGCAGGGGGCACUGCCAUUCAUUACAAAGCACAGGUAUAAAUAGCACAAUGUUUCCUUAGGUAACACAGGACAGCAGCUCAGUACUGUUAACAUGAGACAAUCGAAUGCAAUUUCUACUUCCAGCAAUUGUUUUUAUUUUUUUUUAUAAAUGAAACUUGGUCAAAACAAAUAAAAUAUGGGUAUUUUGGUAUUUCUUACGACUCUAGCUACACUUUCUGUAGUAGCUCUGCUGUCGAAUACAACUGAAGAAGCUUUUGAACUGCCUUUGACUAAAAUGCACUGACAACAUUGAGUUGGGUGGUUUUUGUACACUCUUUCCUGACCUUACCUUAUGUUUCAAAGGUUUUUUUUUCAACCACUUUUGCCUUUUUCUAGUUUUUAUUUUUGUCUGUCAUUUAAUUUUUCUGUCAGUUUGGUCGUAUCUUGUAAAAUAAUCCUCUAGUUCUCUCUUCUGCAGGUUAUGGCUCUGUUCUCUUUAUGUGCAACAUGUGUUUCUCUAACUUCAAGAAAAUGUGUUAAGGUAUUAUCAAUAAAAAGAGAAAGAAGA